CAGCCAUCUUGCGUAUGCAUGACUGGCUGUCGGAAGCAGCUGUAUUCAAGGACACCAUCAGGAAAUAUGAUUCAGACGUUGCAUCUAAGUGUCUCGAUAUGCUGGAGCUAGCGCAUUUCGCUAGGAUCAAAAACAUACCUAAUGGAUGAACCUUCUACGAGUGCUCUACAAUACGGGCACUUGGGCAAACCAGUCUAUAACACUGAAAUCCAGACCUGGGAAUUCUCGCGAACACUGGUCCCAUGCCCUCGUAUCAAGUAUACAGGCGUUACAAAAACUACAAUCCCGUCGCCUCUCACUGCGCCACAUAUCUCGUCCAUUGGGAACAAAAGUUCUUUGACUACUGUAUACCCCGAGCUUGCCGCUUGUUGGCCUCUUGCCAGAAACGAGACACUGUCUCAUUCCAUUACGGCCGCAUCUGCAAUCUGUGACCCUCUAGUUUCUUCUCUAUUUGAUACAGGUUAUGCUGUCGACUUGGAAAACAACGAUUCGGGGAACCGUGUGGUACCGAUUGCAGUGGUGGCAUCAGGAGAGUGCGGGAACACAAUCUGCUUGCGGAAAUUUGAAGAAGACAAUGUAGAAAUCCGGCAGAAGACAACAACUUGGAUGCGUGUUCCGGCGAUUGGACAGUCAGAGAGUGCUAAUUGGUCCGCCGGAGGGGCCCCUGUUCGUCAAAUAUGCUUUGCACGAACGAUGGAGGAAAAGGCGACUUGGAUGGCUGUUCGUUUGCCUCGUUCAACCACUAUCUUUCGACCGGUGUAUCAUCGAAACCCGGUGCCUAUGCUUGUAUCUUGCGAUGAUGGCCGUAUAAUUCCGAACAGAUCCAUCCGGUCCCGGCUGGAUGCAAAUCCAUUAGUGGAAAUAUCGAACAUGCAGACUGGAGGCUUUGCACAUGCAGACGUGACCUUCAACCCCUGGUAUCAGAAACAAUUCGCCAUUGUUGACAAUCGAGGCAACUGGAGCAUAUGGGAAUUAUCUGGUCGACACAGACGAAGCAAGGGCAAUUGGACAGCUGCGUGUGUUAAAUCCGGUUCAUUGCCAUGGUUCGACUCGGGAGAUACUCAAGAUAUUGACGACCAUCCUCGGCAUGAUGGAUGGGCCGCCAUUGAAUGGGCUGGAGAUGUCAAUGGAUUAAUUGUGUCUGACCGGCGUUGUCCAAUGCUUUAUCGAAUACACAAUGGGCUGGUCUGGCCAUAUAUGAUCGAGCUUGGCUUGAAAAAAUCGGAGUGGAUUCUAGAUGUCAAGAGGAGUCUUUACGAUGUGUCGCAAGUAUUCAUACUGACAACAAGUCGGAUCUUCUGGUUGGAGGUCGCUUCUAUUUCUGAACCGGCAAAUAGUGACACAAGAACUCCUCUAUACCCCCGUCUGAGCUGGCGCCAUUUUCGGGAUCCCGAGGACGUAACAUUACGACUAACUCAUUUGCUUGUGCAUGAAGACUUCUACCUUAUCCUGUACUCAAGACUCACUCGUCUCACACUGGUUUUUCAAUGUCCUCCUGCGCACAAGGAUCACACGAAGACGAUAUCAACCCCUGAUCCGUUUGUGUUGAAUAUUCCGUUGUCAUCCGAUGAUGCCACCGAAAUCCAACUCCUUUCCAGUAGCACGCAAUUUUCAGCGCUUGCCUUCAAGGAGAUCAGGCACUUGCCGUCGCCCAUCGGUAAAAAGUAUUAUGAUCCAUCUGCAAGACUCAUCAAGGCUUUUGUCGUUGAUUCAAGUCUGGCUGUUCGCGAGGCGAUUUUUGCAGGUCUCUCAUCUAAAGGCGCCUCAGAUGAGUCCCCUCCAAGAGAUGUCCUAUGGGCAAAGAAAAAACAUGCCGUAGUGCAGCGAAUGCAGCUGGCUCGCUCUCAGGAUGAAUUCAUUGUCGAUGACUGGGACGAAUGUGUUUUGGGCCCAGGCAUAUUCCCUGCCCCAGAUGCUGGAAUAUCCGGUGUAACUACGCUCGCUAUCCCACAGUGGACCAUUGAUUAUACUGAAGUGUACGCGGCUGCGAUUGGUACGUUAACGUUAUUACGUAGGGAAGGGAGCGCAGGCCCCGAUAGGAGUUUCCGGGAAGCCAUGAAAGAGCUUGAGGAGAUAGCUUUUGGAACUGCGGCCAAUGGCCGGCCUACAAGUCAAACAUGGCUCGAGAUCCUUGGUAGCAGUCCUUUGUUAGAGGAUAUCGACCAGAACGCCCGCGAAUUUCAAAGCCUACUUUCUAGAAUCUUGAAUGAUCACUCAAGCAUCCUCAACGAAACCCAACUUGAGAACCGGCGAUAUAAUCAUGCCAGCACGCAUCUCGCUGAACCGACCAAUUCCACGGAGGGCUUCUCGAAAAUGGAUCUAAUAGCAACUUAUGACCGGUUGGUCAACGACUGGUUGACUACUAUGCCCUACGAUAUUCCUGGGCGUACAAGAAUUAUGAAGGAGAAAGUCAUUCGCACUGUUGCUGGGGAUUUGAUUUUGGCGCAAGUAAGUAUCAAGGUACAGCAGGCCCAUGGUCUUGAAAAGGUGGGCUUUGGCUCGCGGACAAGCCCCGAGGCCGUUCUGUCAUCCUUAGUUACUACCGCAAAUGACCCCAUGGGUGCUUCGGACUCUGAUGUUGCGAGACACGAGUCUUUACCAGUGGCGUUACUAAGCGAUAGUGGCAUAGAUAUUCGGACUAGCGGCGCAAUACCUAGAAAUGCCGUGUGGCACAAGCAACAGGGGAUUCAUGACCAAGGCGACAAGAAACCUUCAUAUGCCAGUCUUUCCGCUUUUGCAUCCUUCAGCAACGAGUGGGCAUUGCCUCAAAAUACGGAGAGCGUGCUUCACCACUGGCACCCAGGAGCUGAUCCAGGUGGCUAUAACUGGCAAAGGACGGUACAAACCCAAGAAACGGAGGAACCGCAACCAGCACCCAACGUCACCCCUCCAAGACGCCGGUCUCUCAAGAAAACACCUUCGUCACAAGGAGUGUCCGCACCUCUCCCGAUGUCUUCUGCUGCCUCUGUUAUGUCUGACGUACGGGGAUGGGGAAGCCAGCCUGAUAACGAGAGGCCCGCCAUUAGAUCCCAGACCAGCCAAGCUGUGGACGAAGAUGUCCCGAUGACACAGGUCGAGCGUGGUAUAUUCGGAGGUCGAGAAGCUGUACGAAAGAGCGUGGUAAAGGGAAGGAAGAAGAAGCGGGCAGCUGGGUUUUAAGUUGGAAUGGUACGUAGAAGAAGAAUUUUAGAAGGGGCUGUUGCCACCUACUAGUACUACCUGAUAUAUAAUAGGGAUAAAUAACAGUAGAAAAUUG